CUCGGGUCACUCUGAUCUUCCAUUUUCACGUCAUUAGGUUCGGGGAGGGGAUUAGGGUUUCGAAGAGUUACCAAUGGCGGCUUCGGAGACUCCAACCGAGGGAGGCGAUCGAGCCGGUGUUCUCCUCUACUACAAGUACGCCCCCGUCCCUGAUCUCCCCUCCCUCGUCCGUUUCUAUGACUCCAAUUGCCGAUCCCUCGCCCUCCUUGGCCGCGUCCGUAUCGCCCCUGACGGCGUCAACGUCACCGUCGGUGGAAGGAUGCCAUCGUUGGAGAAGCACAUUGCUGCCGUGAAAUCGAUGAUCCUGUUUGAGGGAACCGACUUCAAGCUCGCAUCUUGCGAUCACCCUUCCGAUGAUAGAAUCGCUAGAGAAUGUGGGUUCACAUCACUCUCCAUCCGAGUUGUUAAGGAGUUAGUUACGUUCAGGUCGGAUCCUCUGCUAGAUUCACCGAAAGUUUGCAAUGCUGGAAGGCACCUCUCUGCGGUUGAGUUUCAUUCUGUGCUCCAUGAUGCCGGAAAUAAUUUGGAGUCGCAGGCACAGAAUCAAUUUGUCUUAUUGGAUGCAAGGAACUUAUAUGAGACAAGGAUUGGGAAGUUUCAAGCAACAAAUGUGGAGACUUUGGAUCCCAAAAUAAGGCAAUACAGUGACCUACCUUCUUGGAUUGAUGAGCACUCUGAAAAGCUACAUGGUAAACAUAUUCUCAUGUACUGUACUGGAGGUAUAAGAUGUGAAACAGCAUCAGCAUAUAUUAGAUCUAAAGGUGCAGGCUUUGAGAAUGUCUUUCAGUUAUUUGGUGGAAUUCAGAGAUACUUGGAGCAAUUCCCAGAUGGUGGUUACUUCAAAGGGAAAAAUUUUGUUUUUGAUCAUCGUAUUUCAGUUGGAAAUCAAGAUGAUGUCAUCAGCAGUUGUCUACUUUGUGGUUCUUCCUUUGAUGAUUAUUCUUCUCGCUGCCGUUGCAACUACUGUAGGAUGUUGGUUUUAGUUUGCUAUGACUGUCAGGCCAUCGCUGGCAGAAAAUAUGUUUGUGAGCUUUGUCAGAGAAAUGGCAAGGGAAGUGAGCCAAUGAUGUUACAGGAAAACGAGUUACAUGAAGAGCUCUCAUCUGAUUCAUUGGAAGCCACAGAAAUUACAAAUGCCACUUUUCCUGGUGUCACUACACCGACACAAACCCAUAAGACAUAUGCUAACAACCAUCUAAGAAAGUUAAGGAUUCUAUGUUUGCAUGGGUUUAGACAAAACGCCUCAAGUUUUAAAGGAAGAACAUCAUCAUUAGCAAAGAAACUGAAGGACAUGGUUGAGUUUGUUUUUGUUGAUGCUCCUCAUCAACUACCACUCAUCUACCAGCUGCGUCCCAGUGAACCAGAUCUAUUAUCAGAACAAACCACGGAUGCACCUAGUUCUUUCCAACAGUCUCCGCCACCAACAAUGAAUUGCAAGAAGAGAUUUGCAUGGCUUAUCGACCCGAAUUCAAACAGCUUGGAGGAGCAAGGUUGGAGGAUGGCAGAUGUUCCAUUCAACCCCUUGCAAUAUCAACAACAAACAUAUGGCUUUGAAGCAUCUUACUAUUAUCUCAAGGAUGUAAUCUUGCGGAUGGGGCCAUUUGAUGGGAUCCUUGGUUUCUCACAGGGGGCGGCAAUGACAGCCUUGUUCUGCCAGCAGCAGCAGAAACGCUGCAGUGUUAUGGACUUCAGAUUUGCAAUCCUAUGUUCUGGGUUUUCAGCAAUUUCCAGGGAUCGAAGCAAGGAAUCAAUAAGGUGUCCCUCACUUCAUUGUUUUGGCAAUAGCCAGGGACAAGAUAGACAGAUUGCAAACCAAGCCAGCAGGGAACUUGCGGAUAUGUUUGAGGAGGAGUGCUCCAUUGUCAUAGAACAUGACAUGGGUCAUAUAAUUCCCACUCGGUCGCCGUACCUUGAUCAAAUGAAGGAGUUCCUUAGGCGCUUCAUCUAAAUGUUGGUUUAGAUGCCAGGAUCUAUUUGUAGAACUCACUGUCAUCUGGCAUGCUUAAACAUUAGCAUGGGUUUUUUUUUGACUUAUUUUGUUGAUGAAAAAUGUCUGCUAAGAUUAUUAGUGAUCUUUAGAAUGAAAUAUUUACCCCAGGUGUAAUAUUACUACCUUUUGGUAAAUGACUCCCAAUGUAGCAUUAAUUUUACUGAUCACAGUAUGAUGUUCUGAACA